AUGGAUUUCUCAAAGGUGAAGGCACUGUUGAAACAGAUCAAAGUGUCAACUGAGACUCAUAUUGUGUUGGACUGCGCGGCUGAGAAGAUUUUGAGCAUUCUUCGCCAGGCGAGGGAAGUUGGAAUGCUCGGUGACUACCAUAGCUAUAUUGUCACCUCAUUGGAUGCACACACCAUAGACUUUGAGGAGAUAAAGAUGGGCCGCACCAAUAUAACAGCUCUGCGCAUGCUAAAUCCAGGCCUGGGUGUAGUUCAGCAAGUUAUAGAUGAAUGGAUAUUUGAAGAACAAAGGAAAAAUCGCACACCCGAUUUGGUGGCCGAUACUCUCAAGUUCAAGUCGCAUUCAGCAUUGAUGUAUGACGCCGUUCAACUAUUUGCAAAAGGCUGGUCUCAACUCGGACUGAAGGAACCAUUGCGUCCAAUCGAGUGCCUGGCCAAAGACAAGCCACGCAACAAAAAUCCCAACGGAUUUCAACUUGUCAGCUUCAUCAAAAUGAUGAAGAAUACAAAUGGAAGGAAGACUGGCAUGAUGGGGUUUGAUGAACUUGGAAGAAGAGAUUACUUUUCGUUGGAGAUAAUUGAGCUGGUAAAGACCGGCUUCAAGAAAAUAGGAUCCUGGGACCCAAAACAUGGUAUCAACUACACCCGCACACAGAGUGAGAUGUACAGUGAACUUGUACAGAGUAUUUCAAAUAAGACGUUCAUUGUAACUUCGAGGCUGGGUCGUCCAUACCUGGAUAAGAGGGAAGGUGAAGGGCUGAAGGGAAACGAUCGCUUUGAAGGAUAUUCCCUGGAUCUGAUUGACGAGGUGGCCAAGGAGCUGGGUUUCACCUAUGAAUUCAAACUGGUCCCUGACAACCAGUACGGUUCUCUCAAUAAGAAGACCGGCCAGUGGAAUGGUCUCAUAAGGGAACUCCAAGAAAGGAGAGCUGACCUUGCAAUUUGUGAUCUUACAAUCACCUAUGACAGAAGGAGUGCAGUUGACUUCACCAUGCCAUUCAUGACUCUGGGUAUCAGUAUUCUGUACAGUAAGCCAGUCAAGCAACCCCUAUCUCUUCUCAUUCCUGCUUCCCUUUCACUUGAUGUCUGGAUCUACAUGGCAACUGCGUAUCUGGGUAUUUCACUGCUUCUUUAUUUCCUGCAAGGUCAAUAA